GACGCCAGAGCCUUGUGGGCAGCUCCCUUUCUCCCUCCCUCCUUUCCUUCCUUCUUUCCCUCCUUGCAUCUCAGUCCGGCUCUUUUGCUGCUGCGUCGAAGCGCCUCGUUGGGCUCCAGAGAGCGCUCUGCCUCUGCUCCAUAGAAGCAGCAGCAGCCGCCGCCUGGAGCCAGGGCUUCUCGCCCCGUUGCGGCGGCUGAUGGGCUCCGUCCAGGCAGAGGCCGGCAGCUGCAGUCCCGUCGGGGUCCAGGUCCAGACAGCGGCUGCUCUCUUUGGGAUCUUGUCCAGAGGGGAGAAACUGGAACCAAACCCAAAAAUCCAGCUGACCGACGCCUGGCUUUGGUAGAGAGUGUCCUCUGCAUGUAGUUUGAUGCAGCUUUAACUACCACGGCUCAAUGCUCUGCAAUACUCAGGUGGACUACAUUUCUUCAGGUGAUAUUUCAUUGAUGGCUUCAUAUCUGUAGACUGAACAAAAUUAUACACAAUGGAAACUACAGACGGAGAUGACUGGACAUCGAAGGCUGAGGAUAAAGAUCCACCCCCAAGCCCAUAUUCUGUUGAAACACCUUAUGGCUUCCAUUUAGAUCUUGAUUUCCUCAAAUAUGUAGAUGACAUUGAAAAAGGAAAUACCAUAAAGAGAAUUCAAAUUCACAGGAAGACAAAGUACCCAAAAUUUAGCACAUUGCCUCGGAAUUUCAGUCUUCCAGAAAAUGGAUCCAGGGCCCGAAAUAAGAACUUCAUCGCACAGAGAAAGGCUUCUUUAGGUGCAGAUGAAAGCACCCACCUGAUUACACCUACUGACUCAACACCUUUUUCAGGUAUUUCAAAUGAGCCAAACUACAGAAGGAAGGCCCUCUUAAUAGAGACAACGAGACAAGACCCAAUGAAGCUUGCAGAGGAGAAUGGCAGCUGUAGAGGGAGGCCUCAACUUUUGAGAGCAUCUAGUAUGCCUGCCACACUUCCACCCAACCAAAAUUCAGAAGAAGAAGAAACUCCAUUAACAUUUCUUCAGUCUUGUGAUGCAAAAAGCUUAGAAAACAGUUUUAGCCCUGCAAAUGAAUCACCGGAAUCCGAGAGCUCUAAAGGAGUUUCAUUAACAGCUCCUGAUGGCUUGAGGACUGUGAAACAGAAAAUCAAUAAGCUGGUCCCAGAGACUGAGAGGGAGAACACCCAACUUGGGCUCAACCAGAAGCACAUAGUGAAAGAGAGGAUGCGUCCCAGUGCUUCAUGGGAAGGCCAGCCAUUCAUAUCCCAAGAAUUGCUUGUGGUUGCAGAAAGUGGAGAAGAAGAAUGUGAUACAGUAGAGAUGAAUAUCCGUCCACCUCCAGUCCAGAGUGGAUCAAGCUGUUCCAUGACCUUAGAGUACAAGUUUGAAAACCAGAUCCCUGAAGAUAUAGAACUCAGCAUAUGUGAAACUGAAGUGCUGGAGGAGGGUAAAGUGGUCAGUUCUGGCAUUAGACAAAUGGAAGAAAGCUCAAACCUUGAGUGCUUGCCUUCUGAAGAACCUAGCAACAUAAUAGCCUUAAAGCAGCAUAUUGCCAUUCUGGAGGAACAGCUGAAUAACAAAACAGAAGAACUUGCACAGAUCAGAGUAGUUUUGAAGGAGCAAGAUAAGGAGAUCAAAGCAAAAGAGAAGAGCAUUGAAAUGCUGGUGAGCUCCAAAGCUCAGUUAGAAGAGAAACUCUGUGGGGAGAGUACUAAAGAAAUAAGACCAUAUACCACAGCCAAAAAUGUCCUCCAGUACCAUGAUGCUGCUGUGAAUACUGAACUUGUACAUGAAAAGAUAGCUAAGGAGGCCUAUGACAAAGGGGUUAAUGUAAGACUCACGGUGCCUAUGGAAUCGGUAGAGUGUGAUGUUUGUGAAGCUGACAAUAAGAAUUUGCAGGUCAAAGAAAUGCAUAGAAAGCUGUUCCAUGUACCUGAUGAGAUGUCAAACAUUCCUGUUUGUAUUCAAGAAAAAGACAGUCCAUCUUUUCAGAGACAGAAAGAAAUGAAACAGGAUAAUGAUAGUUCUACUCUUGAACUAAGCUACAACGAGCUGAAGAUUGAUGAACACACUGCUAAUGACAAAAGUGAGAAGAAAGCAUACAAUAAUGUCAGUAGAGGAGAAAGCUCACUGAGUGUUGGAACCACUGACUCAACCACAGGAAAAAAUGAACAUAAUUUCCAAGGAGAUAUUAGGCAAGAUUCAACUGAGGAAGGAAAUAACUCAGAACCAAAGAAAGUCACUACAGACCCCUCUGUGAGUCAAUAUGUUAAAAAAAUCCAGGACCUUUUACAAGAGCAGUGGAUGUGUCUAGAACAUGGGUAUCCAGAACUAGCCAGUGCAAUUAAACAACCUGCCUCAAAGCUCAGCUCCAUCCAGAAUCAACUUGUAAACUCUUUGAAUUUACUACUUUCAGCCUACUCAACGCAAACACCAACAGACAAGGAGAAUUCCAACACACAGUACCAACAGUUGGAAAUCUCUCCAAGCACAAGUCUUAAAUCUAUUAUGAAAAAGAAAGAGACUGGUUACCAUGCAGGAGGUAACGGCACCAAAAAGAACCUCCAGUUUGUUGGGGUAAAUGGUGGUUACGAAACAACAUCCAGUGAAGAUUCAAGUUGUGAAGAGACCUCCUCUGAAGGGAAUUCAGAUAGUGAGACAGAGAGAAAGUGUGACAAUGAAGAGCAUAGAUGGAGAGAAGAUGGUGAUGAAGGUGAUGAAAAUGCAUCUGGAACUUCUCAGUGUGUAAAGCAUGAAGAUACUGAUGGAAAAGAACUGGAGGAAACCCUCAGAGGAAGCAUGCAGCCACACAAGGCAGAAAGAUUUAAACCCUCUGCAGAUUUUCUGAAAGGUUGCCAGAUCUUAAGCAAACACAUUCCAGAAAUAAGAAACACAAAGGACAAAUUAUUGAGGCAUGUUUUGAGCACCAUCAGCCAGGAGUGGUUCCGCAUCUCAAGCAGAAAAUCAUCCAGCCCUGAAAUAGUUGCUGCUUACCUCCGAGAAGUUGAAGUCAUUCAUCCCCAGCUUCAAAAUAUAGUUGUAAAUUUAGCGGACGGAAAUGGCAAUACAGCACUUCACUAUAGUGUUUCUCAUUCCAAUUUUCAGAUUGUGAAACUUCUUUUAGAGACCGGUGUCUGUGAUGUGGACCAUCAGAAUAAAGCUGGUUAUACAGCAGUAAUGAUUACACCUCUAGCAUCAGCUGAGACCGAUGAAGAAAUGGAAGUGGUUACAAAGCUUUUGAGAGAAGGCAAUGUUAACAUAAGAGCAAGCCAGGGAGGACAGACUGCCUUAAUUCUGGGAGUGAGCCAUGAUAGGGAAGAUAUGGUUAAAGCCUUGCUGUCAUCUGGUGCUGAUAUAAAUCUCCAGGACGACACCGGCUUGUCACCACUGAUGGUUGCUUCUCAGUAUGGCAAUAUGGAUAUAGUAAAGCUUCUCUUGGACCAUCCAGGCUGUGAUACUACACUAAACGACAAGGCUGGAAAUUCUGCUUUGUCCAUGGCUUUGAAAUCUGCCCACGUAGAAAUUGCAGAGAUCCUCCAAUCCCACAAACAGCACAGUUGGCCUCUGAAUACAUAAAAGGAAAUGAGAAAGCAUAUCUGCAGAAAUGAGAAACUGAUAUUAAAAGACUCAUUCUUUUA